CACUUCCUCUAACCGUCUUAUUUUGCAAAGCUCAGCCGGGGUUCCUGCUUCAUGUUAGCGCUAGCUUAACGCUGCUACGAGCCAGCAGGCGGAGAGGAACGGCAUCUAAAAACCGACUUGGAAAAACUACUUAGCGAACUCCUAGUCGUGGCCUUGAGGGGGCACCAGCAUGAGCCAGGAGACGCUGGAGUCUGAUGGAGACUCUGCUCAGGAUGUACCUGACUUUAACUGGGACGAUUACUUGGAGGAGACCGGAGCUGUUUCUGUGCCCCACCACAGCUUCAAACAUGUGGACCAGGGCCUGCAGACGGGACUGACUCCUGGCAUGAAGCUGGAGGUCUGUGUGCGCUCUGAGGCCGACAACCCGUACUGGGUGGCAAACAUCAUCACCACAUGUGGUCAACUGCUGCUGCUACGCUACGAGGGAUACCAGGACGACCGCCGUGCCGACUUCUGGUGUGACAUCAUGACAGCAGACCUUCACACUCUGGGCUGGAGCCGGCAGCACGGCAAGAGCAUGAGGCCCCCUGAGGGUGUGCGUGAGAAGCAUCAGGACUGGGAGGCUCUGCUGGAAAAGGCCUUGGCUGAGGAGUGCAGCGUGCCUGCCAACCUGCUGGAAUUGCCCCAGCGUGGUCGAGACCCAGUGGAGCUUCUGUGUGCCGGCUGCCAUGUGGAGCUCCAGGACAGCGUUGACCCGGGGCUGGCCUGGGCUGCUGAGGUGGAGGAGAACGUCGGAGGAAGGCUGAAGCUCCGCCUCGUAGGCACCGAGGGCCUCCCAGACACACCCGCAACCCUCUGGCUCUUUUAUCUCCACCCACGCCUCCACCCACCCGGCUGGGCCAAAGAGCACAGCUGCACCCUCAGGCCUCCUUCAGACCUGUUGGCACUACGGACUGAGGAGGAGUGGGAGGAGGUGAGACAGAGGAUCAGUGAACUGCCUCAGGAUGAAGCUCUGACUGCAGAGUUCACAAAGGAUCAGCCUGCCAUUUCUGCUCAUUGUUUCAAGGAAGGGAUGAAACUGGAGGCUGUUGACCCUGCUGCUCCUAUUUCCAUCAGACCCGCCACUGUCACCAAGGUGUUCAGUGAGCAGUAUUUCCUGGUGACCAUGGACGACCUUUGUGGUAUUGAGGAGUCAGAAGGUGCUGGUCGUUCUUUCCUGUGUCACAGAGACAGUCUAGGGAUCUUCCCUGCUCAGUGGAGCCUGAAAAAUGGGCUCCCCCUCAGCCCCCCACCAGGAUACCAGGGUCCUGACUUUGACUGGGCAGAUUACCUGAAACAGUGUGAGGCCGAGGCGGCUCCUCAGCAUUGCUUCCCAACUGAGCAGUGUGACCACAGCUUUAAAGAGGCCAUGAAACUUGAGGCCGUCAACCCGCUGUCACCUGAGCACAUUCACGUGGCUACAGUCACCAGGGUCAAAGGGCAAUACAUUUGGCUCAGCCUGGAAGGUCUGAAACAGCCCAUGCCAGAGCUGAUAGUUCAUGUGGACUCCCUCGACAUCUUCCCCGUCAGCUGGUGUGAAACAAACGGCUAUCCACUCGUCUACCCCAUCAAGCCCUCAGUUGAGAAAGAGAGGAAGAUUGCUGUGGUGCAGCCAGAGAAACACAGAACUCCACCCAAGUCUUCAUCACCCGACACUGUCAGGCAGCAGAUGGCAAACCAGUCAGAGACAGGGCAGGGCAACGGGAAGUACUGCUGUCCCAAGAUCUACUUCAACCAUCGUUGUUUCUCAGGGCCUUAUCUUAACAAGGGACGCAUCGCUGAGCUGCCUCAGUUUAUUGGCCCUGGAAACUGUGUCCUUGUACUCAAAGAGGUUUUAACUCUGCUGAUAAACUCGGCAUACAAGCCCAGUCGUGUGCUGAGGGAGCUGCAGCUGGACCAGGAGAGCCGCUGGCAAGGCCAUGGAGAGACACUCAAAGCCAAGUACAAGGGGAAGAGUUACCGAGCCACUGUGGAAAUUGUUCGAACUGCAGACCGUGUGGCAGACUUCUGUAGGAAAACCUGCAUUAAGCUAGAGUGCUGCCCAAACCUGUUUGGACCUCGCAUGGUUCUGGAGCGCUGCUCGGAGAACUGCUCUGUGCUCACCAAGACCAAAUACACAUAUUACUAUGGAAAGAAGAAGAGUAAACGUGUCGGCCGUCCACCAGGAGGCCAUUCCAAUCUGGAGGGUGGAGUGAAGAGAAGAGGGCGGAGGAGGAAGAGGAGGAAGCAGCUCUUUGUCCAUAAGAAGAGACGCUCUUCAGCCUCUGUGGACAACACACCUGCUGGGUCUCCACAGGGCAGUGGAGAAGAAGAAGAUUUAGAUGAAGAUGACUCCUUGAGUGAAGAUUCUGGCUCUGAGUUGCAAGACGACCUACAGGAUGAUUCUGAACAGUCGGUCAGUAAAUCUCAGCCCACCACUCCGUCCCCUUCCCCACCGGCAACACCCAGGCCGACACGUAGGCGACGGAAACCGCGUUCACCCUCAUUCUCUGACGAUGAAAACCGCCCACCGUCACCAAAGACGUCAAAGGCUGAGCCUCCUCAGAAGUUGUGUUUGGACACCAGCCCCCUGGAGUGGAGCGUUACUGAUGUGGUUCGCUUCAUCAGGACCACUGACUGUGCACCUCUUGCAAGGAUUUUCUUGGAUCAGGAGAUUGAUGGACAGGCGCUACUGCUGCUGAACCUCCCAACAGUGCAGGAGUGCAUGGACCUGAAGCUGGGACCGGCCAUCAAGCUGUGCCACCACAUCGAAAGGGUCAAGCUGGCAUUUUAUCAACAGUUUGCCACGUAGCUGACGGGGAAAGAACACGGGACGAUACUGCAUCCUGUUCUUUGAAAAUAAUCCUGUGAAAAGCAAUGCAUUUUCCCAUUUUGACUUUUCUAACACUGGAUAUCCUUUAGAAUCCUACAUUUACCACAUCCUGUCGGACAGGCGUGAACAUAAGAGGCAAAGCAGUGUAACCUGAUCCUCGAAAAAACAAGCCACAAAGGAGAGGGUCAAACACACUUCAUGUGCUUUUUCGGAGAGACUAAAGAGAAGAUUGAACAGGAGGAAUUCAAGGCGCUUUGAAGACACAAAUAAGUGUGAAUAACAGAUAAGCAUAAAUGCCUUAAUAAAAUACAUCCUAUUUUGAUGUAAAAUCAAAUCAUUGUCAAGGAUUUGCUUUAAAGUUGAAACAGGUUGGUCUCUAGCCAUGUUUUAAUUAAGGCUUUUGACUUGUUUGUGUUUUUUGAAUCCCUUAAGUUUCUCCUCUUAUGUUUUCAUUAAGCGUGACUGAGCACCAUUGCUUCAACUCUGCUGGUCCAUCCAUUCAAAAUUUCCAACCUGCCUGGCUGUCUUUAAGGAAAUACCUCUGAAUCAAAGCUUUUUACGUGACAAACUCGAUCCCAGAAUAUUUGGCCUCUGCCGGUCAACAUUUACUAUCAUCUCUGGAGCUUCAAUGAGGUGGACUUGCUUCCUAAUCUGGUGACUACUGGCUCAAGUGUAAUUUCAUUGAAAAGGUGUUCAAUAUUUGCAGUGGAAAUGACUGCGUGGGCCACUUAGAUUUAAGCUCUUGAAAGAACUUUUUUUUUUAAAGAAAAUGUACAUGACUGCAUAAACUCCAAGCUGUGCCCCCGAAUAUUAACACACUAAGCCCUUUGCCCUGUGGUCUCUACUUGGAAGAGACUUGUUCAUAUUCUUAAAAAGAUGUUUUGGCCCAUCAGUUAAGUGAAGACAAAGGUAACUGGUUGUCAAAAAUCAAAAGAAGUUGCACACAAUCAGUACUGAUGCGACAAAUAGACAAGAAAAUACUGGUUUGCAUUAAAUUUAGUUGUGAGCAUUGACAUGUCCGAAGAUCAUUUGCAAAUGUUUAGUUGAAAUACUUGAUUUCAAAUUACAGUAACAUAAAGGGGGCACUGAUCUGAAGAGACCAAAUUGCUUUUUUGUUCCAGUUUCUACGUUAUGUAAAAUGAGUUUACAGUUCGAAGGUUCUGUAAUGCAAGCACAAGCAAAAGCAUGUACUGUAUGAUGGUAAGCAAUUAUAACAGUGCAUGUUUGUAUAUAGUGUAAAUAAUGAAAUAUCUUCUAGUGCAACAGGGUGAUUCGAAAGAAAAAAAUAUAUUGAGUAAUAAACUUUCUGCAUAGUGUGUAAAUGCCCAAAAUACACAGUAUAUUUGCACAGAAUAGGCCUCAACUUUAACCUAUGAUUAAAAUAAAUUCAGCUACAGUUGAUUGAGCCAUUUUAUAUUGAGUCAUUGUAAGAGGUAAUGAUGAAUUGGCAGUUUUAAAGCAAGAAGAUAUUCUUAAAAUGCUUUUGUAAAUCUUUUUUUCCCUCUGUUUACCAGUUCAUGUAGUGUGGUUUGCUGUAGUGUGCUUUGUUUUGUGUGACAAAAAAAAAAAAAACUUCUUUGUUUCCUAAUUUGCUUAUAGUUUCCAAAAAGCAUUGACUUUUAUUUCUUGUUUGGAGAGUAUCAUUGCUAUUUAAAAAGAACACUGCAAUAAAAUAAAAUAAAAUAAAAACAAAAAAAACGAUUAA